AAUGUUGUUUUCUAUAGUUGAUGACUAUCAAACCAAACCGAGAGGGAUGCAUGGUUCUGUACACGAGACCUCCUGUUUGCAAAUUUGAUCUACCACCCACUUGGUCUGUAUCCCAUUGGGGAGGUGCUUUGAUGUCUCCACCUUGUUUUCCGGGAAGCUUGACUGAUCUCUUCUACAAAACAGUUCCCCACCUCCCAACUACACAUACGCAGACACGUAGCUGCAUCAGGGAGGCAGAACAGAAGUGUGGGUUGGAUUGGUGUGUGUGUGUGUGUGUGUGUGUGUUUUCAAGGCUUGUGAACAGCUCUCAGUUGAAAUCUAGAACGAUGCAGACUCCUCUUUUCAUCAGCCUCCUUGCUGCCUUCAUAGCCCUGGGAAUGGCUCUGGAAUGUGAGCAAUGUACUGCACAGAUAAGCCAAUGCUCAGGACCUAUGAUACAAUGCACCCAGGAGCAAGACACAUGCGUUUUUCAGGCGUUGAGUAGCAGCAUUGCUGGGUUAGUAGAACAAAAAGUUUUUGAGAAGGGUUGCAGCUCAUCAAAAUUGUGCCGCAAAGGACCCAAAAUUGUCAACUUUGGCCCAUUUGGAACAACAGCCAUCGAGACUCAUUGCUGUGUGGGAGAUGCCUGCAGAACAACACGAUUCCCUACUCCAAGGAGAAACACCACAUUGAAUGGAAGGCAAUGCUCCACUUGUUCACCUGGAGCCGAGUGUAAGUUUCCACCUGUCCAAUGUGCUGGUGAGGAGACCAAAUGCUUUGAGAUAUCUGGAACUACAAACCUAGCAGGACAAACUGUAAACAGCAUCCUCAAGGGGUGUGCAAACGAACUGGCCUGUCAAGAAAUGGAAAUAGGCACCAAAACAUUUGGGAAUGUGAUGCACGAAGUCAAGUCAGCUAAAUGCACAGAUGGGGCGGCCAGUGCCACCCCAGGAUCACUUGGACUCCUCUUCCCAGCCCUUAGCGGGCUGCUGCUGGUGAAGUUCCUUGCUUGAUUCCCAAGUUGGUGCUGAGAUUGGAGAAUCCGCUUUGGGCUAUUCUUCUUUGCUGCUUGCUUACAGCUAUUAUUAGGGCCACCUGCAGAUGCUGAAGAGCAAGGGCCAAAUGCCAUUCUCUGGUCUUGUCUGUCUGGUCCUUGAGAGUCUUCCUUGGACACCUCCCUGCCCCUUUCACCCACCUUGAGCACUUUUGGCUGCCUGGACUGUGUCUUUGUGCUUCGAUGAUUCUUCUAGCUUGCCUGGUUGGAAGACAGAUGGAAUGCUGAGUGUGUGUGCACAAACUAGUCUCUUAUGCAAAGGAGAGCUUUACAUUCGCUAGUUCCUCUGGCUCUGCCUACCAAAGGCAUGUGGCCCCCAGUACGCUGUGCAGAAGGGAAUGUGGCCCUUGGACUUACAAGUCUUCCCCAUCCCUGCGCAUAGUCUAGAAGCUCAUUUUUACAUCUACUGCCCUCCAACAGGAGCAAAGGGUGGUGUUGACCAAGGGAGUUCUUGGUUGGUGUCUUUACCGGCAGAUGCCACUAUUGGGAUGCAGGCAAAGGAGGCUGGCUGUGUCUGUACAAUGCACAACUGGGUCUGGAUAGUGGCCAGCAGUCACCAGCGAUGCCCUCCUGCCCAGUGCUUUUUCCAUCCUGAUUCAGCACUGGGCCACAGAGUCAGCAUGUACCUUUUCACUGAGCUAGGGCUUUUCUCCAGGAAUUGGUGAAUCUGCCCAUUUCUCUCAAUGUCUCCCAUUCCCCCACCGCAUAAUAGUUCAUAAUAGUUCAGUUCUCCACAUUUCUGCAUUAUAUUUCCUCUUUU